ACAUUUAUAUAUACAAACACAAUUCACCAAAAACAUUUGCAGCAUAAGAGAAGAGAAGAUAGAAGCCAUGGAAGCAACACAUCCUCUUUCUAUUGAAAGUUUUUCAUAUAGUUGGUUACUCAACCUUAAAUCAUCACUAGAUCAAACCCUUCAAACUUCUUCUUCCUUUAGAAUUUAUGUUGAUGCUUAUGAUGAAUUAGGUUCUUCUUUCAUUGAAAUGGAUCCAAGAAUGCCAUCUUCUAGAAGAUUCUUUGUAAACUCACAAGAUUUCAAAUUUGACUUUCCAACUUCACAACAAUCUUCUCUCAAUACUCUUGUUCAUGCUGAUCAACUCUUUUCCAAUGGUUACUUAAUGCCACUUUUUGAUGAUUCAUUGAAAAAUAUUGAACCAUAUGAUAAAGAUUCAUCAAAUUCAAAUUCAAAUUCAACCUUAUCUUCUUCUUUCAUAUCACAUGUACCCAAAAAAGUGGUUUCUUUAGAAAAUUGUAGAACUCCUUCACUGAAAAGGUGUAGAACAUUAUCAAGAAGAAUGUUUCAAAAGUACUUGAAAUUUUUGAAGCCUUUGUGUAGAAGACUGAGGGGUCAAAAACCAGGAUCAUCAAAACAUGAAAAUGGUAUGAAAAGAACUCAAUCAGGGAAGAACUAUAGAGGAAAUUACUGUGAAUCAUCUCCAAGAAUUAGCGUUGCUUGUUCCACGGACUAUUCGCGCAUCUCUUGUGAUUCGGAUAGUUCAAUCUAUGAAGCUGUUCUUCAUUGCAAAAGAUCUAUUGAAAGAAUGAGUUAAGGAUGCUGAACUGCAAAUCAGUGUUUUGAAAAAGGACUGUAAUCCGAUGUAUAAAAAAAGUUCUGAUGCAAAUCAGUCUAUCGUGGUUUUGACAUCAGCGGUACACCACCCAUGUCUUUUCUAGUUCAUUAAUAGUAUUUAUUAUUAUUAUUA